AUGGAUUUUUUUAACCGAACACCUAUCAAAAAUGAUAUCUUGAGUAUUAUUGGACACCUCAGUUCAAGGAAAAAAGGCUCACAUCCUCUGUGCACUGGCAACCAUCUGAUCACGAGUUCCCGUGAAAUACGCCCUUCUACACUUCAUUUGGACGAAUCACAUAGUUUUCAUUUCGAGCACGGAAAAUCUGAUAUAGGAAAAAAUUCGUCGUUCACUGUAGAAAAUACCAGCGCACCUUCUGAUAAAAAGUCACCAAUGCAAGCACUUUUAAAGACUAACUCGCAUUGUAAUUCAAGUAUCCUGGGAAACUCCUACUGUAAAAGUAACAACUUUGGUGAUUAUGAAUCUUUAAACUUCUUUGAACCAAAGAUAACUCAGGCAGUUUUCAGUGAUGAUCUCGUUGCACAAUCAUCCGCACUAACUACAUCAGUGCUCAAAUAUAACGUUGAUAUAAGUACCAAAGAGAAUGUUAUCCCUAGUGAUAGCGACGAUAAUUUCUUUACAACGUUUCUGGAAUCCUCCAAAGCUGACGUAGACAAGUCAAUUUCUAUUAGUGACUCAAAUAAAAAAUCACUUGGUCAGACAGCUAACCGUAGUUCUAACAAUAUCAAAUCACAUGCUAGCAGUAGUGAUGAUGAUGAUGCAUUUGAAAACUUUUUGAAAUCCCAGCAAACCAAGAUAAACAAAAUUGAGGUUAAUCAAGUCAGUGAAUGGUCAUCUUGGGAUUCUGAUGACGAUGAUAGGUCGAGUUGUGAUUCGCCAUAUCAAACGUUUUACUACAGAGUCAACAACAAGUUGCAUUUGUCUGAUACCACAAAAUUACCAUCAAGAUCAUCAGAAUCGAAACUUUCUGAUUCUAAGAAAAAAUAUGUUGUUCCAGAUAGAAAAACUCAGUCAUGUGCUGUUCAAGUUUCAAAGUAUCCGCAUAUUUCCAAAUAUCAGAAAAUUUCAUAUAAGAUAGAACAGCGUAAUUCGCAUUGUGUAUCUACGGAGGAAUUCGUUUAUUCUCUUUAUCCAGUUGACAAUAAUGAUAACAGGAAGCAGACAUCACACGAGAAACUUCGUCAUCCUGAUGCGUUAAAAUUUGUUCAAAAGUUUAAGCCAAAUCGAUCUGAAUUAGCUGAAAAAUUAUACCAAAUUUUCAAUGAAAAGAUAUUUUCUAACCAAUUACCACCAAAGUUAGAGAUUAUAUGGAGUCGUCGACUAUUGAAAACUGCUGGUCUUUGCAAGUACAUGAUGCGUACAUCCACUCAUUCAAACGGAACAUCUAAUCAGGUUCGUAUCGCUCAGAUUUUGUUAUCGGAAAAAGUAUGCACCACAGCUGAGCGCGUUCGCGAUACCCUGCUGCACGAGAUUUGUCACGCUGCUGUUUGGUUGAUUAAUGGUUUAAAUGAUGGUCAUGGAAGACAUUGGAAAUCUUGGGCUAACCGUGUUCAUCGAGUUUGGCCGAAGCUGCCUGUGGUUUCUGUUUGUCACGCAUAUACAAUUGAUACACGAUUCACAUAUCGAUGCACAGGGUGUGGUGUAUGUAUUAAUCGACAUAGCAAAUCUUUGGAUAUUACUAAAAAGAUUUGUGGUCAUUGUCGUUCGAAGUUUGAAUUACUCAUUAAUACACCUAAAGGUCGUAUGCUUCGACCCAGUUUAGCUGCACAAUAUGAUAAACGUCUUCUGCCGCAUUGUUCUUCCAAUAAUGUAACUAAAAUGCCUUGUGAACUAGAAAAGUAUCAGUUGUCUAGAACUCCAGAUGAAAAUAAUCGAAAUCACAAUGUUGAAAAUGGACUAUUAAAUAUGUUCAGGGACUUACGAGUUAAAUGA